CAUUGUGUGUCGAACAAUAGCCGACAAUAAAACAAAGUUUUAGGCAUCUAUUGUACUUGAAAAUUUUACGUGCACCUGAAACAACUCGCGUUAAUAACACAAAUGUAUCGAAUUGCAAUAUGCUUAAUUGUCUCUAUAAUCGAAGGCGGCGGCAGGAAGUUGGCUUGCAAAAAUCCAAAAACAGCGCUUGAAAUUGGCAAAUGGGCACACAAUUUGAAGCAUCUGGACUCUGCGGUUAUCGAAAACGGACCAGUUUCUAUGCACGAGGGACAAAUGUACGUAUAUGAAAACUAUUUCCCGAAUUAUAUUAUCAAAUACGUCCAUGUCGACAAUGUCGCUAUAAAAUCUUGCGGAGCCAAUGCACAAGUGAAGAAAGGUGGCGUUGACGCUUCUUCGGUUCUUAUCGUCCUACACGCCGAUAUAAACGAGGAGAUCCGGUCAGUGAUCGACAUCUGGGGCACGGCGAAUGGAGUCCCCGCAAAAGGCGUCGCAUCUCAUCCCGAACACUACAAAGGUGGUAUGAAGUCCAUUUACCUCUUUAGCGAUCGACGAGCCGUUAACCACAACACAGGUUUCAGAAAAAAUAGAUAAUGAUCAAACGGAAAAAUAUUUAUUGUUGUAAUAGUUUAAUU